UGAGUUUUAGUGGAGCUCGAGGAGCGGAGGCUGAUUGUUGUCGUGGAGCUCCAAGGCGACGCCGCGUCGGCUCGGAGGCAUGUCGCCGCUGUAGGAGUCAACGACCGCGGGCUUCUAUCCGAACCAGCAGGCUCGGUUUGCAUGCUGUCCGACUGAUCUGGACCCAGAAGACGGGGAGGGAGAGCCGGCAACAAGUGGACGUUUCUCCCCAUCAGCGGCGAUGGAAGAGCGCAAGGAGCCGAGCGAGGAGGAGAGCGGCGUCUCGCUGUCGCCGAACCUCCCGUCCCCGGCUCUGAUUCUGCCGCACCACCAGGCCGCCCAGCAGGCCCACCGAACCACGAACUUUUUCAUCGACAACAUCCUGCGGCCGGACUUCGGCUGCAGGAGGGAGGCGAGCGGCCGGAGCCAGCCGCUGCCCGCCGGCGGCCUCUGCCUGGACUCCAGCAGCGACAGCGCCGCCUCGUCGCCGGCCUCGUCCUCUUCGUCGUCGCCGAAGUCGCAGCAGAGCUCGGCGAAGCAGGGCGACGGCGCGGGCCGGUACUCGGACAGCCCGUCGUCCAUCGUGGUUCUGAACGGCGGGGACGGAACCCCGCCGCCGAUAACGAAGGAGAGCCAGCCGCUGCUGUGGCCCGCCUGGGUCUACUGCACCCGCUACUCGGACCGGCCCUCAUCUGUUUCCACACCAGGCCCCAGGACACGCAAACUGAAGAAGAAGAAGAACAGCAAGGAGGACAAGCGGCCGCGGACGGCGUUCACGGCCGAGCAGCUGCAGAGACUCAAAACCGAGUUCCAGGCCAACCGGUACAUAACGGAGCAGCGGAGACAGUCUCUGGCCCAGGAACUGAACCUGAACGAGUCCCAGAUUAAGAUCUGGUUCCAGAACAAGCGGGCCAAGAUUAAAAAGGCCAGCGGCUACAAGAACGGGCUGGCGCUGCAGCUCAUGGCUCAAGGACUUUACAACCACUCCACGACCACGGUGCAGGAAGACAAGGAGGAGAGCGAAUGAGGGGCCCGGACUCUUCCCUUCAGGGGCCCCACGGACUCUUUGGAUACCAGGAGAUGGGACAAGAACUGCUAUUUAAAAAACCCAGAUUUCUGUUUAUGGUAACGGUAUAUGGACACAAUUAUAUAAUUAAAAUUUAUAUAGCCACACAGUUAUCAUUGUACCGCAGCGUAACUUGAUUUCAGGAUCGCGUCUCAUCCGCUUUCGGUUCUGUCGAGGUGUCCCGGUUUUUAGGAUGUCUGGUUUUUAUAGUUUUCUCGUGAUCGCCUGUCGUUCGUGUUUUUCAUUAAACUAAGAGCCGUCCACAGACUCAAAACAAGCCAAAGAUUUUAAUAUGUUCACAUGUAGACAAAAAUAAAACAAAAAAAAA